UAAAUAGUGUGAAAUCAGAGGCAAAAUUCCUGAAAGUAUUCUCAUCUAUUUGACACAGCUAAAUGGUCAACUAAAAUCACAUCCCAAAACUUUUCUUCUUCUUUCGAUCUCUUUGAAAAGUUUUUUCUUUUUAUUUUUUUCAAUCUGUAAAACGUUUCAGCGAUGUCAGGUUACCCUCCGACGAGCCAAGGUUACGGUUACAAUUACGGUUACGGCGGCGGAAAUCAACCGCCGCCACCUCAGCCACCUUACUCCUCCGGCGGAAACAAUCCUCCGUAUGGUUCAUCGACCUCCUCUCCUUACGCUGUACCCUACGGCGCACCGAAGCCGCCUUCCUCUUCCGCGCCGCCGUACGGAUCUCCAAAGCCUCAAUCUUCAUCAUCGCAGUCCUACGGCGCACCCCCUCCUUCCGCGCCGUACGCGCCUUCUCCAGGGGACUAUAAGCCGCCAAAGGAGAAACCUUACGGAGGUUACGGCGAUUAUGGAGCUCCUCCACCGCCUGGGCCUUCAGAUUACGGAAAUUACGGUGCUGCCCCUCGUCCCACGCCGUCUGGGCACGGAGGAUACGGAGCUACUCCACCGCCUGGGAUUUCUGAAUAUGGGAAUUACGGUGCUCCAACUCGUCCAGCGUCGUCGGGACACGGCGGAUACGGAGGUUAUCCUCCUCAGGCCUCUUAUGGAAGUCCUUUUGCUUCCCUGAUUCCGUCGGGUUUUGCUCCGGGAACGGAUCCGAACAUAGUGGCUUGCUUCCAGGCUGCGGAUCAAGACGGUAGUGGAUUCAUUGACGACAAGGAGCUUCAAGGAGCUCUCUCUUCUUAUCAGCAGAGAUUCAGCAUAAGAACUGUUCAUCUUCUUAUGCAUUUAUUCACCAACAGCAAUGCCAUGAAAAUCGGGCCUAAGGAGUUUACUGCACUUUUCUACAGUCUUCAGAACUGGAGAUCCAUUUUUGAGAGGUCUGAUAAGGACAGGAGCGGGAGAAUAGAUGUAAAUGAGCUGAGAGAUGCGCUUUUGAGUCUUGGGUUUUCAGUUCCUCCUGUGAUUUUGGAUCUGCUGGUUUCCAAGUUUGACAAAAGCGGAGGCAAGAACAGGGCCAUUGAAUAUGACAAUUUCAUUGAGUGCUGUCUCACUGUUAAGGGACUGACAGAGAAGUUCAAGGAGAAGGACACAGGAUACUCAGGCUCAGCUACUUUCACAUACGAAACCUUCAUGCUCACCGUCCUCCCCUUCCUCAUCGCAUAAGGGGUUACUUAUAACGAUAACAGAUUUUCAGUUUUUUUGUGUGUAUGUUCUUUGCUGUCUGAAUGAGCUUUUCCAGUCUAGUUGAAUUCCAGAGUUUAAAACAAAUGUGAAAUGUAAAGCUGUUGUGGUACAAAAGAAUCAAACAACUCAUAUAUUAUGGUUGAUUAUUACAUCUUUGUU